GAUUUUUGGUCUCCUCAGCAGCGGCUUUUCUUGCGGCGGCGGCGGCGGCGGCGGCAGCGGCAGCAAGAGAAGGAAAGGCAGCCUUAGCUAUGACUGCCGCAUGUUAAUAGCUCCCGCUUGGGUCCGCGGGCUGCAGCCGGAGACACAGCCUGACUCCGAAGUUGUGCAACUGUGCCCUGGGAGAGACAUUUGAACCCUCCUUCUCUUUGCUCCGCUUUUGCCCCCUGGGGCGUGUGAAGCGAGGAAACGUAAAGGAAGACUAGCAUUUGGCUUUCCCGGCUUCCCCUUUCUCCAUGGCUGUGUAGAAGAAGAAAGGAAAGAGACACUUUUUGUUGUUUCUUUGACUGGGGUCUCCACCCUCCAGUCGUCUCAGCGUUUUGAUUAUCAUUCUUUGCUUGGUGUGGCUGGGGUGUCUACGCUGGGGCCGGUCCAGCUUUUUUUUUUCUUUUUUCUUUCUUUCUUUCUUUCUUUUUUUUUUUUCUUCAUUUUUUGCCCUGGGGCUCAAUGGAUGGAUUGUGGAAAACUGUACCGGGUUGCAGGUUGUUGAGCAACUGAUGGGACCAUCUCAGGGACCGGCGAUUACGAAAGAUGCCGAUUUGAAGAGCUACCCUGAAAACUGAAAUGUUGAAUUCAGUAAGUCAGAAGAUGACAAAACCAUGGACUUUUAGCAAUCAAAGAACAAAUUAAGGUGUCUGACUUGGAAUAGCCGUGUUUAUUUUUGAGGAAUUUUUUUUUCUCUUGUUGUGUUUGUUUUUAAUCAUUGAUAUUGGAAUACAGAAGAGGAACCAGGAAUACACUCAUUUGGUUUCCCUUCGGAACACAUUUUUGAGGCACUCUCGCCUGAGAACACAGCCAUGUGGCCACCACAGCUGCUCAUCCUCUUGAUGCUGUUCGCACCUGGAGUGCAUGGUGGCAAGCACAAUGAGAGACAUCCAGCCCUUGCUGCUCCACUGCGACACGCGGAGCGCAGCGCAGGAGGCGCUCUACCUCCCAGACAUCUCCUUCAGCAGCCUGCGGCAGAGCGCGCCACUGCUCAUCGAGGACAAGGGUCACGUGGAGCUGCCAGAGGAGGUCGUGGACCAGGUGCCCCAGGAGCACAGGUUGCAGCCCAAGCUUUCAGCCGUGCCCCAAUUCCCAUGGCAGUGGUCCGCAGAGAGCUCUCCUGUGAGAGCUACCCCAUCGAGCUCCGCUGUCCUGGCACAGACGUCAUCAUGAUCGAGAGUGCCAACUACGGGAGGACAGAUGACAAGAUCUGCGACUCCGACCCUGCUCAGAUGGAGAAUAUCCGAUGUUAUCUGCCAGAUGCCUAUAAGAUUAUGUCUCAAAGAUGCAAUAACAGAACCCAGUGUGCUGUGGUGGCAGGUCCUGAUGUUUUUCCAGACCCAUGUCCAGGAACUUAUAAAUACCUUGAAGUGCAGUAUGAAUGUGUCCCUUAUAUUUUUCUUUGUCCUGGACUGCUAAAAGGAGUGUACCAGAGUGAACACUUGUUUGAAUCAGACCACCAAUCUGGGGCAUGGUGCAAAGACCCUCUACAGGCUUCCGACAAGAUUUAUUAUAUGCCCUGGACCCCCUACAGAACUGAUACCCUGACAGAGUAUUCAUCCAAAGAUGACUUCAUUGCUGGAAGGCCAACAACGACCUACAAGCUCCCUCACAGAGUGGAUGGCACUGGAUUUGUAGUAUAUGAUGGUGCCCUGUUCUUCAACAAGGAACGUACCAGGAACAUAGUAAAGUUUGAUUUACGGACUAGGAUAAAGAGUGGAGAGGCGAUCAUAGCAAACGCCAAUUACCAUGACACAUCCCCAUACCGAUGGGGUGGCAAAUCUGACAUAGACUUGGCGGUGGAUGAAAAUGGAUUAUGGGUAAUCUAUGCAACAGAACAAAACAAUGGCAAAAUUGUCAUUAGCCAGUUGAACCCUUAUACUCUACGGAUUGAGGGGACAUGGGACACUGCGUAUGAUAAAAGGUCAGCUUCCAAUGCGUUUAUGAUUUGUGGGAUUCUGUAUGUGGUCAAAUCUGUAUAUGAGGAUGAUGACAAUGAGGCCACUGGUAAUAAGAUUGACUACAUUUACAACACCGACCAAAGCAAGGAUAGCCUGGUGGAUGUACCCUUUCCUAAUUCCUACCAGUACAUCGCAGCUGUGGAUUACAACCCCAGGGACAAUCUGCUUUAUGUGUGGAAUAACUACCACGUUGUGAAAUACUCUUUGGACUUUGGACCCCUGGAUAGUAGAUCAGGGCCAGUACAUCAUGGACAAGUUUCCUACAUCUCUCCACCUAUUCACCUUGGCUCGGACCUAGAACGACCCCCUGUUAGAGGAGUUUCUACCACAGGACCCCUGGGCAUGGGAAGCACAACCACCAGCACCACUCUUCGGACCACGACCUGGAACAUAGGGAGGAGUACCACUCCAUCAUUGCCGGGCAGAAGAAACCGGAGUACCAGCACACCAUCCCCAGCUGUGGAGGUGUUGGAUGACAUCACCACACACCUGCCAUCGGCAGCCUCCCAGAUCCCAGCUAUGGAAGAGAGUUGUGAUGCUGUGGAAGCCCGGGAAAUAAUGUGGUUUAAGACCCGUCAGGGGCAAGUAGCAAAACAGCCCUGCCCAGCAGGAACGAUAGGUGUAUCAACUUACCUAUGCCUUGCUCCUGAUGGAAUAUGGGAUCCCCAAGGACCAGAUCUCAGCAACUGCUCUUCUCCUUGGGUCAAUCAUAUAACACAGAAGUUAAAGUCUGGAGAGACAGCUGCCAAUAUUGCUAGAGAGCUGGCGGAACAGACCAGAAAUCAUUUGAACGCUGGGGACAUCACCUAUUCAGUCCGCGCCAUGGACCAGCUGGUUGGUCUCCUGGACGUACAGCUCCGGAAUUUGACCCCAGGCGGGAAAGACAGUGCAGCACGCAGCUUGAACAAGCUUCAGAAAAGAGAGCGCUCUUGCAGAGCCUAUGUCCAGGCGAUGGUCGAGACAGUUAACAACCUCCUUCAGCCGCAAGCUUUGAAUGCCUGGAGAGACCUGACAACAAGCGACCAACUCCGUGCAGCCACCAUGUUGCUCGACACGGUAGAGGAGAGUGCUUUCGUGUUAGCCGAUAACCUUUUGAAGACCGACAUUGUCAGGGAAAAUACAGACAAUAUUCAACUAGAAGUUGCACGGCUGAGCACAGAAGGGAACCUAGAGGACCUGAAAUUUCCCGAAAACAUGGGCCAUGGAAGUACUGUCCAGCUCUCAGCAAACACUUUAAAGCAAAAUGGCCGGAACGGGGAGAUUAGAGUAGCCUUUGUCCUAUAUAACAACCUGGGCCCUUAUUUGUCUACGGAGAAUGCCAGUAUGAAGUUGGGCACAGAAGCCAUGUCCACAAAUCAUUCUGUUAUCGUCAAUUCCCCUGUUAUUACAGCAGCAAUAAAUAAGGAGUUCAGUAAUAAAGUUUAUUUGGCCGAUCCUGUGGUAUUUACUGUUAAACAUAUCAAGCAGUCAGAGGAAAAUUUCAACCCUAACUGUUCAUUUUGGAGCUAUUCCAAGCGCACAAUGACAGGUUAUUGGUCAACACAAGGCUGUCGACUCCUGACUACAAACAAGACACAUACUACAUGCUCCUGUAACCACCUCACUAACUUUGCAGUAUUGAUGGCACAUGUGGAAGUUAAGCACAGUGAUGCGGUCCAUGACCUUCUUCUGGAUGUGAUCACGUGGGUUGGCAUCUUGCUGUCCCUUGUUUGUCUCCUGAUUUGCAUCUUCACAUUCUGCUUCUUCCGUGGGCUCCAGAGUGAUCGUAACACCAUUCACAAGAACCUCUGCAUCAGCCUGUUUGUGGCAGAACUGCUCUUCCUGAUCGGAAUCAAUAGAACCGACCAACCAAUUGCCUGUGCGGUGUUUGCGGCCCUUUUACACUUCUUCUUCUUGGCGGCCUUCACCUGGAUGUUUCUGGAAGGCGUGCAGCUGUACAUCAUGCUGGUGGAGGUUUUUGAGAGCGAGCAUUCCCGUCGGAAGUACUUUUAUCUGGUGGGCUAUGGGAUGCCUGCGCUCAUCGUGGCCGUGUCCGCGGCAGUCGACUACAGGAGCUAUGGAACAGACAAAGUAUGCUGGCUGCGACUUGACACCUACUUCAUUUGGAGUUUUAUAGGACCAGCGACCUUGAUAAUUAUGCUGAAUGUGAUCUUCCUUGGGAUUGCUUUAUACAAAAUGUUUCACCAUACUGCCAUACUGAAACCGGAAUCAGGCUGUCUUGAUAAUAUCAACUAUGAGGAUAACAGACCCUUCAUCAAGUCAUGGGUUAUAGGUGCAAUAGCUCUCCUCUGCCUCUUAGGAUUGACCUGGGCCUUUGGACUCAUGUAUAUUAAUGAAAGCACAGUCAUCAUGGCGUAUCUCUUCACCAUUUUCAAUUCUCUACAGGGAAUGUUUAUAUUCAUUUUCCACUGUGUCCUACAGAAGAAGGUACGGAAAGAGUAUGGGAAAUGCUUGCGCACGCAUUGCUGUAGUGGGAAAAGCACGGAGAGUUCGAUUGGCUCAGGGAAAACAUCUGGUUCUCGAACUCCAGGACGGUACUCCACAGGCUCACAGAGCCGAAUUCGGAGAAUGUGGAAUGAUACUGUCCGAAAGCAGUCAGAGUCCUCCUUCAUCACUGGAGACAUAAACAGCUCUGCGUCACUCAACAGAGGAGCCAUGGCUAAUCAUCUUAUAAGCAAUGCUCUGCUUCGUCCGCAUGGUACUAACAAUCCCUAUAAUACAUUGCUUGGGGAACCGGCGGUCUGUAACAACCCUUCUAUCAGCAUGUACAACGCACAAGAGCCCUACAGAGAGACAAAGGGGCUUCUGAACAAUGCCAGGGAUACAAGUGUCAUGGAUACUCUACCACUGAAUGGUAACCAUGGCAACAGUUACAGCAUUGCUGGCGGUGAAUACCUGAGCAACUGUGUGCAAAUUAUAGACCGUGGCUAUAACCACAACGAGACCGCCCUAGAGAAAAAGAUCCUAAAGGAACUCACUUCCAACUAUAUCCCUUCGUACCUGAACAACCACGAGCGCUCCAGUGAACAGAACCGGAACAUGAUGAACAAACUGGUAAACAACUUAGGCAGUGGGAGUGAAGAUGACGCCAUCGUCCUGGACGACGCAGCGUCCUUUAACCAUGAGGAGAGUCUGGGCCUGGAACUCAUUCAUGAGGAAUCUGAUGCCCCCUUGCUGCCCCCGAGGGUUUACUCCACCGAGAACCACCAGCCACACCAUUACAGCAGGAGACGGCUCCCCCAGGACCACAGCGAGAGCUUCUUCCCUCUGCUAACUGACGAGCACACAGAAGAUCUGCAGUCACCGCACAGGGACUCUCUGUACACCAGCAUGCCGGCCCUGGCCGGCGUGCCCGCUGCAGACAGCGUGACCACCAGCACCCAGACCGAAGCCGCAGCGGCCAAGGGUGGUGACGCCGAAGAUGUUUACUACAAAAGCAUGCCAAACCUGGGCUCCAGAAACCACGUGCACCCGCUGCACGCCUACUACCAGCUGGGGCGCGGCAGCAGCGAUGGAUUCAUAGUUCCUCCCAACAAAGACGGGGCCUCUCCGGAGGGAACUUCCAAAGGACCCGCGCACUUGGUCACUAGUCUAUAGAAGAUGACACGGAGAUGGCAGCCAGCAGGACUGCAAAAACCCAGUGGACCAUUCUGAGUUGACAUAAGCAGUGGUCAUCCUGUGUACUCCGACACCUGAUGCUGUUCUCAAAAGAGAGACUCUGACUUUUUUUUUUUUAACUUGAAUUUUUAGUCGGCCCAGGGGAGAAAGCUCACUGCUGAGACCCUCCUGUGCCCCGUUCUUCCCCAUCCUUUCCCCUCAGAUGGAGACUUCAUUAUGUUAAUGAACGAGAUAUGAAGAAAAUGGCGCUCAUUGUGGCCUUGUUGAAUUAUGUUGUGUUUGUUUUAACAUCUCUGAUGCUCUGUUACUAGAAUCACAAGGACCUGUUGUUUUGUUUUGUUUUGUUUUUUAAAAAAGGCCAGAACAAUGGUUUGAAAUUAGUAACAAUGCUGCAUCUAGAUUGGAGUGCUGGCCAGCCGUAGAAGCAGAGAAGAACUGUAUUACCUAGCGGUUCACGGUCACUCACAACCUGAGUUCACCACAGCGGGAACAGCUGUGGGAAAUAAAAACAAAACAACACAAUGAAUAAUCUGACGGAGGGGAAUUCUAGAAUUAUAUGCUAAGUGCAUAUUUUAUGAUUUGCUGUAUUAACUGAUGAUAAAACUAAUGGCAGAAACAAAUUGAACAAUUUCUAUGUAAUGUACAGAUACUAGCAUUGCGCAUAUAGUCAGCUUUCUGUUCCUCCAGAAUUUGAGUCCUGUUAAUGUAGUGGCAAAGAAGAAAUUUUCUUUUGUGCUAGUCUUGCAAGUUUGUCUACCAGUAAAAGAGCCAAGUUUCCUUCCUUUCUUGUUUUCUUCUUUUUUUUCUUUUGUCCCCUCCCCCCACCUCUUUUUUCUUUAAAACUUCACCUGGCAAAAAAAUAAUAAUAAUAAUAAUAAAGAAAUGAAGCUAUCACUUUAUAAGAAUCAUUUUCUAGUAAUGCAAACAAAUUAUUUUUUACAAAAAAUAAAAUAAAAUAAAUAAAAUUAGACGUCCUUCCCUCACUAUAUAUCUUUAUCCAGCCCGAAUAUUUCCAGAACCAUUUUUUUUUUUUUUUUGCAAAUUAGAGCAAGACAAAUUUUAUGUUUCCUGGGCACAUCUGUUGUAAUGCAAAGCAUAUUUGGCAAGCAGUUCAUCACCAAGGCAGUAGCUAUGAUUCUAGAAGCUAAGAGGUGUCUAUAGAGCUAGAGGGGCUUCUGCAUGUGAAAAGCUGUAUUCAAUAGGCCUUCCAGUGCUGAAUGCGCAGUGUGACCCCCUGAGGGCGCCUGCACUACCAAUUGUUAGAGGAAUUUCCCUCCCUCCUAGUGAGAGUGGAAAGGUCAAAUUAUUUUGAAAUGAUUUUUUUUAAAGUCUUCUGUUAACAGGAAAAUUUAUUUAUUUGACAGGAUUUUAAGUAAUGUAGGAAUACAAAUGGUAAGUUAGCAGCACAUAUAAUUUUUUUUAAAUUUAUGAUCCAUUUUGUAUGGUCUCAAGUUGGAUGACCUCAUUACUAAUAUUUGUUGUAAAAGUGAAACUUGUUUGCCAACCAAUAAACAACUGAUUGAGAUUUAGAAGAGAUUGUUUUGACGUAUGUACUAUAUUAUCAAGUAUUCUCUUCAUUUUUCUUGCCUUUCCUUUCUUCCUUUAUCAGAAUAUAAGCUUCCCUUAUCUUUUGUGAUCCAAGUGAGCCACACCAAAGGAAUCAAUCUAAGUUCAAUAUAUGAACACAGCAUGGUACAGGGUUUGCAGACAAAGUCAACCAAGGAAAUGGGAUGAGCUGAAGAGUAACUCACACUCAAGCAGUUAACAAUGACCACUGUUUGCUUACUUGUAAAGUGUCACUAGGCUUGUGUCUAGAAACACGUUCAUUCCAUGGUUUAAAUGUCACAUUUGACAGAGUCAUCUUCCCCCCCACCUUUUUGUAAGCUCCAUUUUGAUGGAGGAAUUUGCAUAUGUAAAUUUACUCAA